AUGUCCGACCUCAACCCUGCUCAGGCCGUCUCCGCCGACGCGGAGAAGAAGAUUGACGCCGACGCCAUCAAGAAGAGCACGACAAACAUCGACACCGAUGUCGAGAUUGACCUGAAGGCGGGCCAGAGCAUCGUCCAGCUCGACGAGUCCGAGCUCUUCCUCCAACAGCACGGCAUCCCCCGCUCGCGGCUGGCAGAGCUCCUCGCCGCCGACGCCAAUGGCGAGGCAGAGCGCAAGCUGCGCAAGCGCGUCGACUGGAUGCUGCUGCCCCUGCUCUGCGGAACGUACAUGUUGCAGUACAUCGACAAGCAGGCACUCGGCUAUGCCGCCGUCUUCGACCUCUUCACCUCGACCGGCAUGACCAGCGACCAGUACUCGUGGAUGGCCAGCAUUUUCUAUUUUUCCUACCUGCUCUGGGAAUGGCCUUCGUCGUAUCUUGCGCAGAAGCUGCCGACGGGCAAGGUCAUUGCGGCGUUUGUGUUCUGCUGGGGCUCCAUCAUGCUCAUCACGGUUGCGAGCAAGGACUUUGCCGGCAUGGCUGCCUGCCGCUUCUUCCUCGGUGCCUUCGAGGCCGUCAUUACGCCGGCGUUCAUGCUCAUCGUCGCCCAGUGGUACAAACGUGACGAGCAGCCUGCCCGUGCCGGAGCCUUUUAUUGCUUUAACGGAUUUGGCAGCAUGGUUGGCGGCAUCCUGUUCUACGGCGUCGGCCAGGCCAAGGGCUGGGACAUCUGGCGCAUCAUCUACGUCCUCUGCGGCGGCAUGACUGUUGUUUGGGGCGUUGUCCUGUGGUUCUUCCUCCCAGACUCGAUCUACACCGCCAAGCGCUUUACCGUAGAGGAGAAGACGCUGCUGCUUGCCCGGACUGUUAGCAACCAGACCGGUACCAUGAACCGCACGAUCAAGAAGGAGCAGAUCUUUGAGGUGUUCCGUGACCCUCAGGUCUGGCUGCUCUUCCUCUAUGUGCUGCUCAACGAGACCAUCAACGGCGGCAUCGCCAACUUCUCCAAGCUCAUCGUCAAGGGUUUCACCUCGGAUCCUCUGCUCACCACCGCCUACGGCAUUCCCUACGGUGCCUGCAAUGCCGUCUACAUGUUUUUCGGCCCGUUUGUUGCCAGUCGUUUUAAGAAUGUCCGCACCUUGGUCAUGAUCGCGUGGUUGAUGCCGACUCUCGUGGCCUCCUGCUUGUUCUGGCAGUUGCCGCGCUCCAACAAAGGUGGACUGCUGGCUGGGUACUACAUUUGCGCUUCAUAUGUCGGUGGUCUCAUCGUCGCCCUGCAGAUGCCCGCAGCCAACAUUGGCGGUUACACCAAGCGCGUCACUGCGACUGCCUUUGUGUUCCUGGCCUACUGUGUCGGAAACAUCAUUGGACCGCACGCGUUCCUGGGCAAAGAGGCGCCCGUGUACCAGACUGGCUGCAAGCUGAUCAUCGGCUGCUGCGUUGGGCAGGCCAUGACCGCAUUCUGCCUGAGACUUCUCCUGAUCCGGCGUAAUAAGCAGCGCGAUGCCGCCGAGGCUGCCGCUGGCGCUGCUGCAGUGGGCGAGGAUGAUGAUGAGGCGAUGCAGGAUCUGACUGAUUUCGAGAACCCCAAGUUUAGGUACUCCUACUGA